AUGCCGAGAUGCGGGUUGUGCGGCCCCUUCACAAGUGAGUUUCUGCGGCGUCGUCAUCGUCCUUGUUUGUGCGUGUCGCACCGCUGGCAGUGUCGACCGCGCACCACGAGCGGACAUGAAAAGCACGCAGGGACCGACGAAGGCUCUAGUGACGCCCUCACAGCAGGUCUUCUUCAAAUUGCGGUGACGAUGUCAGGACAGAAGGCAAGCUACGCCCUCCGCUACGCAUCGCAAGAGAAGCAGCAGAGGUGGCGGGCGGAUGGUACAUCCUCCGUCGGCUAUGCGCCACAACGCACCCACGCUGACACCUCGGCACACGUGGCGCCGGAACUGCUUCGUGUGUUGCUCUUAAAGAGCCGUCACGAAGCUACUGCUGCUUCGACUGUACAUCACAUCGAAACUACCGCGCCACAUGUGUCAUCUCCAAAAAAAUUAAGCGAUGAUGCAGGGUGUCGGUCCAGUACUCCAGCAGCCACAGCAACGGCAUUGUCACAGCCAGCAGUGGUCCCCCACACUCCCUCUCUAGCGUGCCCACACGUUGCCAGGGGGUCGUCGUGGUGCGUUGCGUUUCGCCUCUUCAGUGAGGCCGUGCAGCAGCAUGCCGUUGUGCCCUCCAUCGAGCAUAUUAACGUUUUGCUUGGUAUCACGGUUCAGGAGCGAUGCUGGCGACAAAAGGAACAAGUGGAGAUGUUUGUCGAACGGUUCCUUGAAUCUGCACAUGCCAUGUGUCGAGAAGAGGAGCAGCAUGGCCAGCAAGAAGCGGUCAUUGUCGAAAACGCGGCUCUCAAGCAGUUAGUCCACUCGCUUCAGGCAACAGAAGAGACGUACGAGUGGCUUAUGGAGGCCGCUGUCUCACAGCAUCAGUGGGUGGAGGCAUUAAUGUAUUUUCAAGAUGCACGUGAGGAUUGUCUGCCAGUGACGGAUGCCUCAUUGCGACUAGCACUGGAAGCCUAUCGUAUUGGUGGUGUCCAUACCGUCAUCAACACUAGCAACGCCGCCAUCAACAACAAGAGUGUCACGCCGCUGGUGCCGCUGCGGACAGAUCAGCGGGGGCCAGUGUUGCAUCGGGCAGCAGCAGCAACCCGUCCUACCACCACCAUUUCUCUCAGCAAGCAGAAGCGGACGGAGAGCGAGACGCAGUUUCUGUGGGAAGCAGCGAAGACACUUUUCCUCUCUUACCGUCACCGUGUGCGGGGGGAUGGGACGGUGGCGCUCUUCCUCUCGAUGAUGGCGGAGGCUGGACAGCACGAGGUGUUGCUCGACGUGUACCGCGACUGCAGCCGCACGGUAUGCCUCGGCGACGACGCCCUCGCCCUUGUUAGCAGCGCGUCGCGCGAGGUUGGGGACUGGGCCCUCGGCUUGCAUCUACUGCAAGACGCGGUGGGACCUCACACAGGCGCUGGGGAGUCCCUCGCCAAGCGCAUUCUGGAAGACACGCUGCAUGCGCUUCGUCGCGCGCAGCACUACACAACGAUCUUACAGCUGCAUGUGCAACUUCCCUCCACCAUAAUGACGCCUCGCGCUCGAGUUGCGGUGGCACAGGCUGCCAUGGUGCGGCGCGACCUUCCGCUGCUUCUGCGGCUGUUGGAAGAGACGGCAGACGAUGCAGGGUUGGAUCAUGCCGUGAGUCGUUGUCACGCCGUUUUCGAGCCCAACGUCACCGCCACGCCUGCGACAUGCGUGCAAGUGGAAGUGUACAACACAGUGCUGCGCGCCAUUCAGGUGGAGCUUAUUCGCCGGUAUUUUUGUGUGGACCCGGAGGAGGUGGCCGGGUCGAGCCAGCACGCGCUGCAGGAUCUCGCGGCGUUGUCCGUCGCUGUGUAUGAGCGGUUCCUGUACGCCGCAAAGCGUCAGCUCCGCGCACACAGCAGUGAAGACUCCGACGCCCCUCUCUCCGUGUACGCACCGCUUGUGCGGCUGUUGGAUUCCUGUGAGAGUGCCACCAGCAGUGGCCGCGUAGACGGCACGCGUCAGGCGCCGUGGGAGGCGGCACUCGCCCACGUGUCGCUCAUUCGCAGGCCCGAUGCCAUUGUGGUGAGCCUUGCAACGGACUUGAUGCGGAAGCAGCAGCAGUGGGAGGCGGCGUUCGGCCUCCUCGCAUCUGUGAUGCGUGAGGAAGUGGUAACACGUAGUGUUGAAGCGCCAUGCCGUCGUGGUGCCGCUGUCGCACAAGAGGCGCUGCGUUACGGGUGUACCACCAUUACAGCAGCUGCGGUUCGUCAUGCGGUGUGCAGUGCAGCCAAUGAGUCAUCCGCGGCGCUGCACCUCACCCAGCACGCCUUCUCUCACGGCUGGAUUGACGGUGGCAUGGCGUUGCAACUUCUCGAGGGCAUCCAGCGCGGGGUAGGUGAUGCACACGUACAAAGAAAUGACCGGGAGUGCCUGGCGGAAGGUGUGCCGCAUUCCCAAACUGACGCGGUUAGCAUCCUCGUGGAGCUUGUCGCUCUGCAUAAGCGCCGCACAAGUGGGGUGGGUCCAUUUGCAUCUCUUUUCUUUGAUGCGAUGCAGGUGCUGCAGCACCUCCAGAUAGAGACAGAGCCCCCCACCGAGUUGCUAUACGCCCUGCACGCCCGCCUCGCGGAGAUCGUUGCUCGUAUUUCUGGGGAGUGGCAAGACGAGCGGCGGGCGGAGGCGGCGAUGGCCGUAACGGCGGUGCUGCACGCUGUCUGGCAGCAGGUCAGUCAGUCAACGCUCAGCCGGUGGACGCUUUGGCAGGAGUGUCUGCGCUGCCUGGAGUGGUUUCGCAGCCCCUUGGCACCGCACCUCUCCGGUGCGUUGCCGGCGAGCGAGGCGACACUACGAGUGCUGCGCGCCUUUGUUUACCGCUGCGAUCGGCCCGAAGAAGGUUUUGUAGAGGGAGUUGCGGUGCGUUGGCUGCUGUGUGGGGCAUCGCCCCUGUGCACAGAGGUUCUCGUGGCUUCGUUAGACGCGGCGCCGGGUCUUGUGGAUCGCACGGUGUGGAUGUCGCAUGAGCUGCUUCUGGAUGCGCUUGUGUGGGCCAGCCGUCACCGCACAAAGACGCUGGUGCGGCGGAUUGUGCGGCUCCUGUUGCCGUUUCUCUCGCGGCUUCUCCGAAACGAUGGAGCAGUAGCUGCGUCCCCAGAAGGGCCGCAUGGGCGUUUGCGUUCAGAGGCGGUAACGGCGGUGACCAUUGUUCUCCAGUGUAUGACCAGCGGUCCGCACCAAGAGGUUCUGAAUGACUGGCCUCUGGUGCGUCUGUUGCUGGCGCAGGUGAUGCAGACGCACGAGUUGGCCUCCUCAACGGCUGGGGUGAGUGCCCUUGCGGAAGGGUUGGCUGCUGUGUUGGACAAACUGCGCCGCACCUUUCACUUUCUCAUCGUCAAGAUCUCGCUGGACGCGCACCGGCGUCGUAGCCAAGGAGGCGAGAAAACGGCGGUCGCGGUUGCUUCAGAUGCUGAAGACCUGGAGAAUCUUGUGGAGGACGCAGCACUUGCGUACAUGGAUCUCUGCAGGGCUUUUCCGCAGAACUUCUUCGCCGCUAUCGGUGACGGUUGUGUGGCGCAAGGUGAUGUGGCCAGAUGCCUUGAGAAGGUAUUGAACUGUGUUUGGGAUGUUAACUACACGUUGUACGUCUGGCACACGUCUUUUAGCCCAACAACAUGCAAAAAGGGCUUCUUGCAGCUUCUGCAGGAUCGCUACCGCUGGCUCCUGUGCUUGCAGGUGUCGCUGCUCCCCGUGUCAUGCACAACGCCGCUGUGCGUGGAGCGGUGGCUGGUUGUGAUGAGCCGCGGCAGUGUGGAUGCAGCAACAGCAAGGGGGACGAGUGGGAAUGCUCUGUCAGCCUCGUUGGUGCAUGACAUCACAACACUGGAGGCAUGGCAGGACUGUCAUACGGAAGUGCUUUCGCCAGAGGUUUCACCACCACCACAACAACAACAACAACUCUCGCGACGGCAGUUUGUUGUUCCACGCGUUCUCGAGGCAAUUCACUCCAUCACAUGCGGGGUGACGGGGCGAACCGUCUCCUCCUCCUCCGGUUUGUUGUUGCCAACAACGGGGUUGGCAGCUGCUUCUACUUCAAUUCCGACCAGAACGCUCCCUCCACUUGUAAACGGGCGUUCAGCAAGUUCGCUAUUUGAGGAUCACCUCGCGUUGGUGUCACCACAGCAACUGCAAGCCAUGCAACAAGCCGGCUGUACGCUUGUCUACGUGAUGCUGUGUGAGGGGCGAGCGCAUCUGCCGCAGAUGUUGCUUCAAUCCAUGUCGUGGUCGUGCUGCCCGCGAUCACUUUUGGGUGCGAUUGUAGAGGCGGCGCAGUCCACCUCGCGUGUGGGGUUAGCGGCCGCCUGGAACAGUGACGCGCUCGUUUCCGUGUUUGACGCAUUGGGGAUGCAAAGUCGAUAUUGGGUUUCCGUUGGAGACGCGACGUGUGCCGUGCAGGAUGGGGUGAGGGAAAGUCAGGCAGCAGCACUGCUGCGUCUCUUGACGACGUUGCCAGCUGUCCGCGCGGUGGCGCGUGUGGACGAGGCGAUAUGCACCGCGGCGCUGCUGGCGUUGGAGCCGGCGGAUGUUGCGGGCGACAAGGUGGGGCCUGGCGCCAGUGUGAGGCACACCCUGUGUCGACUCCUUUCCGCCUUUCCAAAGAUUGUGGAGAAGCGGUUGUUGUCGCUACUUCUGGGCGGGCAGCUACACGAGUCCCAGAUGUGCGUGGUCGACGCCGUUGUGCGGCACAUUGCACAUGACUUCAGUGGCAGGCGCUCAUUCACGUGCAGCCCGGCGUUGAUGCGGGCGAGUGCAAUGUGGCUGCUGCUGCGCGGCCCCCACGAGGCGUCUCGCGCUGCGCCCCAUUGCGCUGCGGCGCCGCAGGUUUUCGCCGAGGUGAUGCUUUCGGCCAGCCCGACUCUAAUGGUAGGCGGUAGAAUGAAGGCGAUUCGACACAAGCUGGAGCAUCACGCCGCUUGUCGUCGCGAGGAACUGGAACGGGCGAUGCGGGGGACACACAUGGAGCAGGUGCUGUCUCUCCUCACCGACGCGCGUGGGGCCGCCGCCCCUCACGUGGAUCUCGUGGGGGCGUUUCUUGCCGCAAUGGAGUUUUACGGUGGGUCUGUGCCGCCGCGGUGGAAAGAGGAGUUUGUUGUGGGUCUCAUGGAGCAGUGGCAACGCAAUCGUUGUCGUGGCGACAGCCAUUGCGGCCACCCUUGUUCACUCAUUGGCCUUCUCGAUGAAGUGGCGCACAUGCCUGCGCUGUGGAAGUCGUUUCUGAUGCAGCAUCCGGUGAAGGCGUCGGAGUUGUGGCAGCUCGGAAAGAUGAUGGACGACGCACUCAGGCAAGCACGAGUGGAGCACGCAGAUGCACAUACCGAUGUGUGGAGAGCUGUGCUUGCCCACAUGCGGCAGUUGCUGCGGGAUCGCUCCACGACAGCCGAUAAUCGUCCAGCUGGGGAGGUGGCGUUGCGGUGCAUCUCUCGGAGCUGCGCAGCGGUGGAGCGCUUCGUUGUGCACAUGCUGCGCCAUGGCGUAAGUGCGCCGUCACCGCUGGAGACGCGGCCGUUUGACGUUGAUGUGUCACUUGUAGCCUUGUCGUUGCUGUUGCUGGUGGAGCUGGCGGCGCCUGGUCGUGCGGUGCAUUUUGCCCUUCACAGGCUCUACGAUGAGACUCUCGUAGAUGAGAAGGCGUUGAAUAGCAUUAGUAGUCGGAGUGGUGAUGGCAGCCCGCCCGUCUCAGCACCGCACGAUGUGUGGCGGUCUCUUGUUGCGUGUGAGGUGCAGUUCUUGACGCUGCCUGGUCUCAUUGAUAACGAUUCUGCUGUUGCUGACUAUGAUGCACCGGUGUGGGACGCGUUAACCACAACGGAGGCGGUUGUUGAGCUUCUUUUUCGUUUUGUCUGUGGAAUUGCACUGCGUCUUGGAUUUACCGCUGCUGUUGCUGCCGCUGCACGUGGUGGCAAUAGGGGAGAUGGAGAAGCAGAAGAGGAGGAGGAGCUGCUGCGCCUGCUGGAGCUAAGUGGACGGCGUGUUGUAUCAUUGCUGCUCGCGCUACUCUCCGACACAGCGGGGGCGGCUCUCUUGCAAGAGAGGCACGGUGACGCCGUGCGAUGCAUUGUUGGCCGUUUGGUGCAAUCCGCGUUGUUGGUGGGUGCGUGGCGAGACAUUUACUGGUUGGCGUCGCGCCUACUGGUCUCGCUUGGGACAGCGCUUGCACGACAGAAAAGCGAACAGGAGCAGGAGAAAUUUGCCUCGUCGUGGUUGUGGGUCGUUGGGCUCCUGCCCUCAAUGGUGGCCGGUUCCGCUCGUACUACCAGCAGCCUUGAGCCGCAAAUCACUAAUCUUGUCGAGGCGUUGCCGUUGGCAGUUUUGCAGCAACUCCACUUUGCCUCUUCCGAUGCCGCUGAUCACGACGGUGGGGGAUAUGAUGGCGAUGCCGAGACACGGCGGCGGCGGCAGCUUCGCUGUUUGCUUCUUAAGCUCCAUCAAAAGAUUCUGCUCAAAACAGCGGGGGUGUUGCGGGGUGCAGAGAAGCGAUCGGGGCCUUUCAUUGAACGUCUCUCGCUUGUGCAACCCCUAGUGCAGCUAGGGGUGCUUCUCGCAGUACACAAUGCCGAUUGUGCGCAGGUGGCAAGUCUCCGUGUGUCAUUCCUCUUUUUCUUGAGCGACCAGGAGUGGUUACAGCUCGUGGAGUCUGUAGCGGCAGAGUCGGACCGGACUUCUUCUGCUGCUGUAGCGGCUGUGGGCAGUUUUUCAGUCACCGGCACCGGAGGAGUCUUGCAAGUGGCGUGCUGGCAAGAGGCUCUGACUGUGAUUUGUCGCACGCACAGAGAGACGUUCGCUGUUCUCCCCCAUAAGCGUCAGCGCGGCAGAGCUGUGGGCAAAGAGCUGCAGGAGUUGCAGGAUGCCUUGUGCGUCUUCCAUGCGGCAUGUAUCGCGAAUGAGGUGCCUUUCUCUGUUAUGAUGAAGCUCUUCUGCGAUGACAAUGGCCCGCCGCACACGGCCCAGGUAUUUCCUGCCUUCUACACGGAGCGUGUGGUCCGCCAGUGCCCUUCAUGGUCCGCGUCGCUGCGCCUUCUGGAGCAGUCGCUGUCGACGGUGCGGCACCCGACACAGGUGCAGCAGCUGUUGGCGUAUCUGAUCCUUCAGCGCAUGCGCACUGAUCCCGCCUGGGCGUCGUCGUCGUCGUCGGCAGCAGCAGCGGCGCUACCCACACUGUCAUCGCCAUUAUUGUUGUCGUCAUCAUCAUCAUCAUCAUCAUCACCGGUGCGUGGUAAGGAUGAGGGCGGUGGGCUGUUGUCGUGGGAAGUGGCGUGUUGGUGUUACCAGCAGUUAACGUGCGAUGCGGUGGCGCCACCUCUUCCACAGCGGAGCAUGAUUGAGAUGUUACGUCACUGCGUGUUCAAGCCCUCUGCUGCGCUGGCUAUGUACGAGGCGUACUGGCGACAGGGCUACCAUCGUACAGAGGGGGUUAAUGUGUUUCUCUCACUCUUACGGGCCGCACGCCUAGAGCGAAGUGAGUCGAUGGCGCUGCAAGCAAUGCGGGAUUACAUUUGCUGCUGUGAUGAGCAUGAUCGUGUUCUGUCCGAGGCGAGCCCCGGGACCCGCAGGCAUCACAUUUUUACUUCCGAAGGAAAUACAUCGAUAUGUCGCUCCUUUGCUCGUGUUUGUGAGAGUGGCAUCGUCUCUCGUUCGGUGGCAGCAGAAGUGGCGGCCGCGUUGAAGCAGCGAGGCCGCAUUGGUGAUGUUGAGGAAUUAUUAAUGGUUGGGCCAUGCCGUGAAGGACAAGUAGUUGCCACGAAUACUAAAGGCAGCAAAGGCCGCCUCCCUGGGCGAUGA